AUGGCAAAAAUGUACAUGAAAUCCAAGGAUAUGGUGGAGCUGGUCAACACACAGUCUUGGAUGGACAAAGGUCUAGGCUCUCAAAAUGAGAUGAAGGAGCAGGAGAGAAGAUCAGGUUCUUAUGGGAUGCUUGGAACUUUAACUGAAGAGCAUGACAGUAUCGAAGAAGAGGAAGAAGAGGAAGAAGAUGGAGAGAAACCUAAAAGAAGAGGUCCUAAGAAAAAGAAAAUGACCAAAGCUCGCCUGGAGAGGUUCAGGGCUCGAAGAGUCAAGGCCAAUGCUAGAGAACGGACCCGGAUGCAUGGCUUGAAUGAUGCCUUGGAUAACCUUAGGAGGGUCAUGCCCUGUUACUCUAAAACCCAAAAACUUUCCAAGAUAGAGACUCUUCGAUUGGCAAGGAACUACAUCUGGGCCUUGUCUGAAGUCCUGGAGACUGGUCAGACACUUGAAGGGAAGGGAUUUGUGGAGAUGCUCUGUAAAGGGCUCUCUCAGCCUACAAGUAAUCUGGUGGCUGGAUGCCUCCAACUGGGGCCUCAGUCUGCCCUCCUGGAGAAGCGUGAGGAAAAAUCUCCAAUUUGUGACUCUACUGUUUCUGUCCACAGCUUCAACUACCAGUCUCCAGGGCUCCCCAGCCCUCCUUAUGGCCAUAUGGAAACACAUCUUCUCCAUCUCAAGGCCCAACCACUUAAGAGUUUGGGAGACUCUUCUUUUGGGAGCCAUCCACCUGAUUGCAGUACCCCCCCUUAUGAGGGUCCACUCACACCACCCCUGAGCAUCAGUGGCAACUUCUCCUUAAAGCAAGAUGGCUCCCCUGAGUUGGAAAAAUCCUACAGUUUCAUGCCACAUUAUACCUCUGCAAGUCUAAGUUCAGGACAUGUGCAUUCAACUCCCUUUCAGGCUGGCACACCCCGCUAUGACGUUCCUGUAGACAUGACCUAUGAUUCCUACCCCCACCAUGCUAUUGGAACUCAGCUCAAUACGAUAUUCACUGAUUAG